AUGGAAUAUCUCACGGAUACAGCUCUCUUCGUGCGACAGCCCAACGAGCCCAUUGCUCCUAACCAGAUCUACGACUUUCUGUUUGUUUCUACCGCCUCUACAGCUCAAUUGGUCGAUCUUACUCACUCAGUGAUAACCUCCGCCGUUCUUCUGCCGCCAGAUACGCUACGGGUCUGGGAAUUACGUCUUACGCUUCUUUUAUUUGAGGGCAAUUUACCUGUUGCAAAAAGAGAGGCCAUCAACCUCAACCGCCUGAUAUAUUUGCAUGAGAAUCCAGAUGCAAAAGUGAAUGUGGCCCAAAAUGCAAAACCAGUUGGCGGGAAUGAUCAACAGCCGCAAGCAGGCAGAACAAAUGCUCCACAACAAAUAUAUCCACUCCCUCGAAACAACGAGAAUGGUGUGCCAUACCUGUUACUUCUCUUAUUGCUUCGAUUGAAGUCUACACCAAGCAUGGGAAUGGUCAAUGAGUGUUAUCGGGUGUGCUAUCAGCUCCGAUUGAGGGGCCAAGAUGUUGAAGAAUCGCUUUUGCAAGACCAGUUAAUGCAAUUGGUGUAUUUGAUUGUAGUAGAGCUAGUGAUCACCAAAAAUAGUCUUACGUUGGUCUCGUAUCUCGAGUCCUUGAUCCGGACAUUAGAAGAUCAAUUGGCAGUGAAGAAGAUGCAAAAGUCAGAGCGGUAUUUGGAAAAUGUCACAUUUGCAUUGUUCAUAGCCAGAGCGCUCGUGAUCUUGCAUCAAACAAAAAAUACGGCAGCCCAGGACAAGCAGUUCGAGACGUUAGCUACGCAAUUUACCAGUGAGAAUUCCCUGGCAUUGAGAACUUUGAGUUUUGCAAUGAAUUCUUGGGCGCCACAUGUGGGUGGGCCAGCACCGGCACCAGAAGAGAAGGUCCUGGAGACAGAUCUCACCGGUUCAUCGAUAAUUGCUUUUUUGCGUAGUGGGAGAAUUUCCACUCGAAUAAUCUGCUGUACGUUAGCGGUAUGGGACUUGGAUGCAGCCUUCGAUGCCAAUUUAGGUGAUGAAAAACUACAAGUGGAAGUGCCUCAGGGAGAAGAUAAGUUGGACAAGAUAUAUUCUUAUGUAAUGUCUCAAUGGGGAGAUCACGCCAACCGUGUUUUUUGCAUUGAAUAG